AUGCAGCCAUUAAGAAGGGCAAUUGCUUCAACAUUUUACACUGAUCUUGGCAUAGAGGAAGAUGAUAUAUUUGUCUCAGAUGGAUCAAAAUGUGAUAUAUCUCGCCUCCAGGUUGUCUUUGGCUCGAAUGUGACGAUGGCAGUGCAAGACCCAUCAUAUCCAGCCUAUGUAGACUCAAGUGUUAUUAUGGGUCAGACUGGCCAAUACCUGAAGGAUGCUCAGAAGUAUGGAAGCAUUGAAUACAUGUGGUGUCCUGAAAAUGGUUUCUUCCCUGAUUUAUCCUCUGCUUCAAGAACGGAUAUAAUAUUUUGUUCACCAAACAAUCCUACUGGUGCUGUAGCAACAAGGGAGCAACUAAGCCAACUAGUUCAGUUUGCUAAGAAUAACGGGUCAAUAGUAGUGUAUGAUUCUGCAUAUGCAAUGUAUAUAUCAGAUGACAGCCCACGCUCCAUCUUUGAAAUUCCAGGAGCCAAAGAGGUUGCGCUUGAGACUGCAUCAUCUAGCAAGUAUGCCGGAUUCACUGGAGUUAGACUAGGGUGGACUGUGGUUCCAAAGCAGUUACUGUUUUCUGAUGGUUUUCCUGUUGCCAAGGAUUUCAGCCGAAUUAUAAGUACUUGCUUCAAUGGGGCAUCCAAUAUUUCCCAGGCAGGUGGUCUGGCUUGCCUUUCACCAGAAGGCCUCAAGGCUAUGAAAGAGGUCAUAGGAUUUUAUAAGGAGAAUGCCAACAUAAUAGUGGAGACAUUUGAAUCUCUUGGUUUUAAAGUAUAUGGAGGGAAAAAUGCACCAUAUGCGUGGGUCCAUUUCCCUGGACGGGGCUCAUGGGAUGUUUUCAACGAGAUCCUUGAGAAGGCCCAUGUGGUUACAACCCCUGGCAGUGGUUUCGGACCUGGUGGCGAAGAUUUUAUCCGGGUAAGCGCGUUUGGUCACCGGGAUAUUUUGGAGGCCUGCAGAAGAUUGAAGGAGCUAUACAGUUGA